ACACUCACCCGUCAUUGGUGGUGAUUGAGGAGCGAGAGUGUGGGUGAGGGUGGGCGAGUGACGGCGACUGAACAGCCACUCGUUCCAGCCUCACUCUGCCGAGCAAUCCGCCGCGGGCGCCAUGGAUUUCGAAGAAUUCCAUCUCCUUCCCGCCGAGCACCUGAGCAAAUCCCAGCGAUGGCUCGCCGUCGCGUCGUGCAACCUCGCCACCGCCUCGCUCGUUUUCUUCCUCAUCCGCCGCCUUCCCAAGGGCCUCCCUCGCUUCCUCGCGCUUUCCCCGAUAAUCCUCCUCAACAUCAUUCUACCCUGCGUUUUUUCCGCCGCGAAACGCGGCGAGUGCAUUGAAAAGGGCCUCGUGUUUUGGACCGUGACGUGGCUCGGGAAUUUUCGCCUGCUCGCGCUCGCGUGGAACCGCGGCUCGCUGACGAACCCCGCCUAUUCCGCCAGCUUCUUCCAAUUCCUCGUCGCACUGUACAUGCCCAUGCAAAAUCGCGUUCGCGAAUCGCCGAAAGCCCCCGCCUUUUCCUCGCAAACACCCGCUCAACACAGUCAUCAUGACACGAAAAACCAUCAGCUGCAGACGCAGCGACAGCAACAACGCCGACAGCACCCAGCCUCCGAAUCCUCGACUCAGCUGCUGCUACGAGGCUCGUUCAAAGCCUUCUUCCUCUCCCUCACCAUCCGCGCGUACUCUCUCAGCGAUCUCCCGCCGCCCGCCGUGACGCUGCUGCACAGCGUGAACGUGUUCCUCUUCAUCACGUUCGUCUGCGAGCUCGUCGCCGGCGUCGUCGCAGCCGUCGUCCCUCGCUUCGCAAUAGAGCCGCACUUCCGUCGCCCGUACCUGUCGACGUCGCUGGGGUCGUUCUGGGCGCGGCGGUGGAAUCUGGUGGUGAGCUGCAGCCUGCGAGAGACGGUCUAUGAGCCUGCUUUGGAGUGGCUUGGGGGGAGAGCUGUGGCGGAAAGAGGGGAGCCAGCAGUUAAGAAGAGGUCACACGGGAAGGACAGUCAUUUCGAGGGCAGGAAUGGCUAUCCAGCUACGAAUGGGCGUCAUUAUGCUGGGGAAGGUGACGAUUACACGGUUUCUGACGGCUUUGAAGCGGUUGAGAAGAUCAACGGCUCCAGUGAGAAGGUGAAUGGCUGCAGUGAGAGGACCAACGGCUGCUAUAAGAGGGGCAACUUCAAGGAGGAAGCAGGUGGUUACGUGAAUGGGGCUGGAAGGACCUGGGAGAGAAGUAACGGCCCCUGUGAGGUAGCUGAGGGGUUCCACAAGACAGCGAAGCAGAAUGAAAGUGCUUUACUAUAUGCUGCCGCCGCUGAAGUCUCUCGCAGCAGCCACCGUUUGAGCUUUGCCAGGGGGGGCGCAACAAUUGCCGCAUUUGUUGUUUCUGGCAUCAUGCACGAGUUGAUUGCGUUCUACAUUGGGGGAGCAGUGACAGGCGAGCAAAUGGUCUUCUUCUCCUUGCACGGGGUGCUCACUGUAGCCGAGACUUGGUUGAGGAAGGAGUGGAGGAAGAGAAAGUUAAUGCCUUUACCAAAGGUGGUAGCAGGUGGGCUGGCUCUUGGAGUGCUGCUGUCCACAGGGCAUGUUUUCUUUUUUGCGCCGUACCAAAGGUUAGGGACUAUUGGCUGUGUUGUCGUAGGGCUCCAAGGCCAGUUUGCUCAAAUCUCAAAGCUCUGGGUUUAAUUUACAGCGUAAGCAUACGCCGCAC